GAGACUGCCAGUCUACAGAGCCUGGAUGGAGGGAGAGAGGGUGAAAUCGCUUCCAUUUGUCCCUGGUGUUCCUGGAAAGAGAAAUUCCAAUGAUUCAGAAGAAGAUAGGAGUGACAGCAGUGUAGAAAAUCAGGCCAUUCCAAACUCUUACAGAGUGCCAGAUUCCAAGCCGCAUCCACCACACAACAAAAUGGAUAUCAUCAGGAAAGUGCAAGCCAAAGAUACCCAGCGCUAUAAAGUGGAAUAUGAUUCACAGAGUACAGAUACAUUGAAUUUCUCUUCUGAAUCCAAACAAGAGACUGAAUAUGGUCCAUGUCGUAGAGAGAUGGAAGACACGUUAAACCACCUAAAGAUCCUGAAUGUCUUGAGUCCCAUGGGUUUUCAUAUUCCAAAUUGUGACAAGAAGGGGUUCUACAAGAAAAAGCAAUGUCGCCCAUCCAAAGGCCGAAAAAGAGGUUAUUGCUGGUGCGUGGAUAAAUAUGGACAGCCACUUCCUGGGUAUGAUGGGAAGGGAAACGGAGAUGUCCACUGCUAUAACUUGGAAAGCAAAUGAGGGCUGGGUGCCAGCUCUUCUGGCAUCUGUGCAUGGCCACUGGACCUCACAGAGACCUUGGAGGGGCUGGGCAGACACUGUGGACUGCACUGCAGGUGGAGUAACAUGCUCUGCYUCUUGUAGCAGAUAGGGAGUUGCAGCCUCUGUGGAUGCUGCUGCAGCUGCACCCUGUCACCGACACACAUCGAGCUUCCUAUAGGAUGUGCAGGGAGCUCUGAAUUCCCAUGUAAACCUGCACUAUUGAUACCCAGAAAGAGAAAAACAAAAGGCACUUCAGAAUGGAUUCAGGGAGUCUCCACUGACUUUUUAAAGAACAGCCUGUGACCAAUUUGAUCCCAAAAGAUACUGUUUUGUGUUUUUUUUUUUUUUAUUUUAAACUAUUUAGAGAUUUUAAGCUUGUAAAUGUAUUAAAAAGAAAAACAAAAACAAAAAACACACAAGGAUUUAAAGGUAAACCUUUUUUUACAGUCUGUUGGGAAACAUGUUUUCACGGGUAAAAAGUUUUAUAAAAAAACUCAAAGAACUUUUUAAAGAAAUGUAUUUCUAAAAUAAAGACAUGGCUAUUUUUUUCUGUAAAAUAUAUUAUGAAUAUUCUGUUAGUCUGUAUUUAAUAUAAUUGUUUUUAAUAAACUUAAUUUAGUGUAACAUCUGAAUACCAAAUAUUACACAGUGAUUCUGGGGUAUACAUCUGUAUGCAAAGAGAAAGUAAGGGUAUGGAGUGAUUUACCAAUAUGUAUAAAUCUGUAUGCAUACACAUUGACCUGUCCUAGAUAAAAGAAAUGAAUUUGUGGAGCAAAGGAAGUGUUUCCAGAAAAGAUUGAACUUGUUUAUUUGAUAUAACUACAAAUACAAAGAUAAUAAUUUUUUAUUAUUUUAUUUUAUUGAUAAUUCUAAUGCACCCAUCACUAAAUUGCGUCCCUGGAAAAGAUAAGAGUCGCACUGAAACUCUUGGUAAAGCUUUCUUCUCUCUGUGCUUUGCUUCACUUUGUGCAACAYGGCUUACAUUAAUUCCAUUUACUGCUUACACUAACACAGAAUAUUCAUGGACAAAAAAUUGCCAUAACAGUACUACCCUUUGUAUUUGCUUAUUUAUUUUGAAAAGGUGUAUCUAUUCUCUGUUGUCUUGGUGCAUUCUACCWAAGCACAUGUAUGAGGAACUCCUGUUGAAAUCAAUGUCGACAAGAUGGGGGGAUUGUGGACGCUGGGUGUUGAGACCCAUGUGCUUCAUUUAUGCUACACACAAUUGUUGCUUGCUUUGACUAUGGUAGAAAUCAUUUGCCUGCAUCUAAGCAUAAAAUAAGAACCAUUGGGUUUAAAYAGUAAAACUCACUGUCUACCAUGGUGUUACAUGUCUUUUUAAUUGGAAGAGAAGUGAUUUGGUUUUGUUGUGGUAUGUGAUGCUUUCACAUAAGGAAGGCUUUGGCAAUUUUUUUUUAUUUUUGAGGUUGAUUGCUUAAUGUACUUUGUGAAAAAUUCUGUAUGACAAUGAAAUCUGGAUAAGGAAAGGUGGCCUGUGAAAUGUAUCAUCUCUCUGGAAAAUAAUGCCAUAUUUCGUAAAUGUAUUUAUUUAUAUAUUUUAUAUAAAUAUUUUAUAUAUUUAUAUAAAUAUAUAUAUUCUUAUAUAUGUCACUAUAAAUGUUUGAAGUCACUGUAGAAAAAAGAGGCUAUUAAYACUACUUUCUUAUUGGGUUGGGAACUCCAUGAAGACUAAGGAUAGUGGGUCCCAGUGGGGCCAGGGGUUUUGUUGAUGGAGGAGAGACCAUGGGAUCAAGGAGCCUGCUUCCCUCCCACUGCAUGAAUGACAACCAUCCUUGUUCCUGCCAGAAUGUCUUGAAACUUUGACAUGGAAAGAUUUGACUAUGCAGCUUGCCAAGAUCAAGGCAGCCCRUCACCGUAAAUCAAAUGUUUAAAGCCUUACCCUGAAAUGUAUUAGCUGARCUAUGUGUGUUCUGCAUAUCUUUCCAAUUUCUGUCUAAUGAAAUGAGUUCAUAUCAUCAUUAAAACUGAAAUUUUAUAACCUCAGAGUAAGAAAAAAAAUUGUACAUGAAGUGGAUGCUUAUUCCAGGCUAAUACAGAUUUUCUGGCAAAUGGUUACAGAAAGCUUUGUGAGGUGAAGAUUUAUGACAAUAUUUUUAUUGCUGAAGUGAAUGUAAUGCCUGCAAAGRCUUGUUGGCAAAGUAAUAGAUAAGAAAGUAAAGGUUGGAUUAAUUAAAGUGA